ACUUCAAGAGAAAAAUGAAUAGGCUAGAGAUUUUGAUCCAAAAUAGAAAUGAGCUACAGAAUAAAUUUAGAAUAAAAACAUUUGAUGGAAAUGCUUUAAAUCAUCAAGGCCCUGUAAAAUUGUUUAACAAUGUUAAUGGCGACUUACAGUGGCGGAACAAUGAACAAAUUAGAACAAUUCAAAUAUAUUUAAGUAGGAAAAUGUGUAAUAUACAAGCUCGAUCACCUUCUAGGAUUCAGAAAUCAAUUAAGACAGUUAAGAUCGUGAAAGAUAUCAAACGUUUAGCAUCGCAUUUGCAGCUGGGGUGGAACAAACGCAAAAUUUUAAACAAAAACGUUCUCCCAGAAUUAAGAAAAUUUGUUAUUUCAAAGCAACCAAGUGAUCUCGUUUUUGCCGAGUCAGCAUUUUGGUUAGCUGAGUGUAUAAGUCAAAUACAUUUAGAGUUGGAAAAUAACAAAAGUGAGUUAGUUACUCAAAAUUUCGAUAAGACAAGUCAAGUUGACUCUUUAAGCGCCAAAAGCCGAGUCUAGAGAUGCGAAGACUUAAGUUUCGUUCGAGAAAGAAUGUUGACGACAAUCCUCGCGAGAAAUUUAUAGUGGACUUUGAGAUUCAGGAAAGAUUUAUACUUAGAAAAUGCUUUGAAAAGCAAAAUUAUUUGGUAAUGUGGCA